GGCGCGGGCGCGGCGACAGCGAUGGCGCAGUGAAAGUCUCCACUCCUCUUUCCACGCGCGUUGCGUCUCGCCGCCGCGAUCGAUCGGCGUCUCGGAUAUUUAGGGUUCUUUGUGCGAGGGCAGUCUGGAAGCGAUCUUGCGCGUCAAUUUUCUUGGAGGAUCCUCCAUCGACCGAGGUGAUUGUCUCGGAACUCGACGCUUCUGACGUGCCUGCUUCUACAUCGUCUCAAGAUGGAUCGACCAUACCAGUUGCGACCAUCAACGAAGUUUCUACGAGAUUAGCUCAAACAGCGUCUUAUGUUGGUCGCAGGCUUAUCAGCUUACUUGACGAGUCCGUGGAAGAACCUGCGGGAAGCAUGGGACAGGAUGUUAGCGUCAGGCAAACAACCGUAGCAGUGGAAUCAACUCCAUCGAGCAGUGGAGAGUCACGCAUGAUCGUCACUACUCAAAACGGGAUUUCCAGCAAUCCGGUGGAGCGAGCGACGUCCCUUUGGGCUGCAUUGGGUCAAAGCUUUUUGAACUCCUCUCCCGCUCCGUGGCAAGGGUUUUGUCCUGUUGGAUGUGCUUUGCGAAUAGCAUUUGUUUGCACCAGAAUGGCUUACUUGCGUUUUGCAUGCGGUCAUGAAAAAGUGAGAAGACUUAUGACACGAGUGCAAACUACACUCAGGGGCUCUGCUGAUGAUAUUGGAUGGUUGCAAAAAACGCCGGGUUUUCCACCAGUGGAAGACGGAACGCAAAGGUUUGAGGAAAUUCUUGGUGACAUAAGUCACGGUCUUCACGCACUACCCAAUGAUUACGUAUAUCUUUUGGUUCCUGGGCUCUUUAGCAACCAUGGACCUCUGUAUUUUGUGGAUACAAAGAGAUAUUUUUCUAAACUCGGCUUGACUUGUCAUAUUGCUCGAAUACAUAGUGAGGCUGCGGUGGAAACGAAUGCACGAGAACUCAAAGAUUACAUCGAAGAGUUAUACUGGGGAACAGGAAAGAAAAUCGUGCUGCUGGGUCACAGCAAAGGCGGAGUUGACGCAGCGGCAGCAGCAUCGAUGUUCUGGCCCGAAAUCAAAGACAAAGUCGUGGGCAUCGUCUUGGUACAAAGUCCGUAUGGAGGCAGCCCACUUGCUUCCGACAUUCUUCGCGAGGGCCAGAUUGCCGACGUAGAGACGAGGCGCAUCAUGGAGCUUCUUAUCUGCAAGAUCAUCAAGGGAGACAUGACCGCGUUAGAGGAUCUAACGCACGACAAGAGAAGGAAGUUUUUAGCAAAGUAUCCUCUGCCGCCUGAUCUACCGGUGGUGUCAUUCCACACGGAAGCAGGGAAAUCGCCCGGAGUGCUCUCCACGCUCUCUCACAUUGCUCACGCGGAACUUCCGUGGCUCCCGCUAGCUGGAGCAGCAUCAGAGGCCCCUGCCACCACUGCCAAGCUUCCCGUCGUGCUUCCAUUGGCUGCUGCUAUGGCAGCGUGCGCGCUGCAUUUGGAGCUGCGAUACAGCGAGAAGAGUGACGGCCUGGUGUCACGCAAAGACGCUGAAGUUCCAGGCUCGGUGGUGGUUCGACCAAACAGGAAGCUGGAUCACGCGUGGAUGGUUUACUCGACAGAUCCAGAGGCGUUUCGAAUGUGCGAGGCUCUUAUGAGCUUGCUGCUGGAGGUGAGCCACAAGAAGAACAGAGCGAGCGACAGUGGGAGCUGCAGCAACACCACCAACAGGGAAUGCAGUACAAGCGAUGGCAAGGAAUAGCGCAUGUAAAUUUUUUGAAAAGAUUCAAUGUAAAUUUAGAAUUCUUUUAGAAUGACCUUAGAAUUUAGAAAAACUGAGAUAAACAUUUUUAUCAGAAAGAAUUAUUUGAUGUUAUAACAUA